GAGAGAGAGAGAGAGAGAGACUCCAUGGAAACAGUUUACCAUUAUGUAAGGUGGUGAAGUUUAGAAGGUAAGUAUAGAAAAUUGAGCAGAUAAUAGUGUAGUUAAUACUGCCCUGAACAGUACUAGACUAUUAAAACAAAUAGUUAAAUAAUCCUAUUGAAAUUAUUAAAUGUUCAUACACUUACCUCAGUUUACAGGCAUUUAGUUACGGAGUGGUAGUUCACAGAUCAGUCCUGAAAAAUAAAGUUCCAAAACAUGAGAUAUCAACCUUACGUGCCAUUACACUGGAAUACGUGUGAAUUGUCAUGUAAAUGGUAACGUUAACAUUUUAUCCAUUCAUAUAGCUGUAUUUUAUUAUGAUAAGUCCCUGAGAUAGAACAAGGUGCCCUGCCGAGGAUAUGGACCAAAGGUCUUCUGCUCCACACUGCUGCCUGUAAAAAAUGUCAGGACAGGAAAGUCUUCACUGUGAUUGGGCCAGCAUGGAGUAUUAAAUCAGUGUGACUACUUGGAAGUGCUUCCUGCUGCUAGACCCGCCUACUCUAGAGGAGCGUGUCCCUGCAGACAAUCGACCACUCGGUACCGUAGAGGGUUUGGCCGUGUUGAUCCUGAACCCAUGUGAUUGACGAUGUCUUUUCUCCCUCCAGAGGAAAAGGGUACGGUACUCUGAGCUGGAUUUUGAGGUAAGACCCCACUGCUCCUCAGAUCUUUGACAUCACCAAUCAUCAAUCCCGCCCCUUCACCUGUUCCUAUUGCCUUCUCAUUAUUGUGUAUCCCCCACCCCCCAUCCAUGCAUAGUGUCACAUGCUAUGCAUGCUAAAAUGCCUGCCAGUCUUGGGAAUGAGCUGGGGACAGCAACCAAGCAGAUGUUUCAAUUUGGCAAAUGCCGUACCCCAUGCCGUGUGCCAGCCCAAACACAAAGAUCAGAUGGUGGAGUUGCUGACAUAACUGGACUGCAUUUGCACAACAAGACCUCCCUGAAAUAACGGGGAGAUUUAAUAGUCACUGACCGCAGUGCCUGUGAUGCUCUUCACUGAAAUGUGGGCCGUGUGGGGGACGUCGCCAGGGCUCUCCGGGUGUCGUUCUCCUUUUUUUUUUUUUUUUUUAAUUCCUUGCUGUUUUUCUUCCUGUUGCAGAAGGUGAUGCACACUCGUAAGAGACACAAUGAGCUCUACCAUGAGCUAAACCACUCCACCGAGUUCCGCACCACAGGUGGGCAGACCACAGACCUGCUUAUGCCUAGUCCCCAGAGGGAGAAGCGCUGGAGCGUCUCGUCUACCGAAGGGGAGAAGAACUCCUCCAGUGACAAGUCCACCCCAGAUGACCAGCACUCCUGGGACAAUGUCAGGACAGUGACCUUUGAACCCACAACUGACAGCAGUGACCAGGACAAACUGGAACUGAGCCAAACCUGGGGCACAGCCUCCGCUACCACCCCAGACACUUCUGAAGGGGACUUCCAGACCGAAGUCUGAGUCCAGACACAGAAACAAACACUGGCACACAUACUUACACAUGUGCACACAGAUAUACAUACACACACAC